AUGACAUUGCUAACAUCUUGUUUGAUACGAGCUCAUUUGGUAUAUCGGCCGUGCUAUCGAUUUUAUACGAAUUCAGCUGCACGUACUAUCGAUGUACAUUCAACACCACAAGAACCGAUUAAAUCCAAAGUUGAACAACCAUUUCGAACAUCGAUUGAUGACCCUGUUUUACAUUCAGAAAAAGAUCUAGGUUUAUUUUAUAAAGUCAAUCCCGAGGAGUUAAAAAAAUUGAGUCCAUUUGGUAAAGCACUUCCGUUGCAAUUUCGUGAAGAGUGCGAAGCAUUCAAUGAAACAUCUGUUAUGAUCCGACAACCAUCACUCGACAUCAUUAAAUUAAUCAAACAAAUUAAUUGGAAUUUACCUCCAUUAAAAAUAGUACUUUUUCCUGCUGAAGCUGGUGUUGGCAUGAGUUUAUGUCUUUUUCAUGUUUUACACUAUGGUUUUCGUAAGAAAAUGUUACUUGUUAAUACACCAACAGCAUCGGAAGUGCUUAAAUUAGUAUUAGACGCAACACCGUCGCCAAGCAAUGAACUAAUGUGGGAUACACCUGCAGCAGCUAGUACCUGGUUGAAAACAUUUGCUAUUAACAAUGAAGAAAUACUUAAAGAAACAGAUUUUCGCACGAAAUUUUCUUACACAUGGAGUGCUCGAGAAUCGACACCAGCUGGAACACAUCUUCUUGACCUUAUUGCUUAUGCAACUGACCGAAUUAAAUAUGCAUCAGGAUGUGUAGCUGCUAUUGUUAAAGAAAUUAAAGCUCAAGUCAGAGAAAAAGAUAUUAAAACAUUAGUAACAUUUGAUACUAUCAAUAGUUAUUAUGGACCAACAUGGAUUGUGAAACCUGAUAAAUCAACAGUAAAGCCAAAUGAAGUAACAGUUGUAAAAGCUCUACAGGAACUAUUAUUACCCGAUUGGAAUAAUGCUUUUAUUGUUACUACUAUUGGACCAAAAGGUGUUAUAACACCUAAAGUACGAGAAAAGCAUAAUUGGGUUGUUAGACAUGGACAUUAUCGUACGGAACAUCGUCUACCCGGUGUACUUAUGUAUGAUGGGCCAAUGACUGUUAAAUCUUUGUUAGGAACUGAUGGUAUUGAAGCACUUGAACCAUUUGUACCCAUUCAAGUAGAAAAAUAUACUGAAAGUGAAUUCAAUAAUCAAUAUAGAUAUUAUAUUGAUCGAAACUGGAUGCAAAAUUAUCGUGGCCGAGAAGAAGAAGGACGAAAAGAAAUUUUGUUUUUUUCAGCCAGGAAUCCAUCUGAAAUGGCUAAAUUUGUUGGUUCUCGUUGA